AUGGUGCAAGCUAAUACGUAUGAUGCUAGGAAUGAGCUUAAAGAGGCGGUGCAUAGAAAGCAUAGGGGCUAUAGUUGGCUCUCCAAACUUGGAGAAACAUGGCAGGAUCAUACUUUCGCUUUCUCCCACAACCAAGAUUGGAUCAGUUUUAGCAAUAAGGAGGAAGAGCUGAAGCAAAAUACUAACAAAAUGAAGAUGUGGAGUGAGUAUGUGAAAAAAGGAAUUGAAGAUGAGCAGAUAAGCGAUUGUGGAAUGGUUGUUGAUGACUACCUUGAGGACAAGUUUGGUUUUUCAGGGGAAGCAUUUUCCCGGAAAAUUUAUCAUUCUGUUAGCAUUUUCCCGCUUCAUUUCUCAAAAACGACGUCCGUAAUUGUGAAACUUUCUUUUACUUUUUCCCGGAAAAUCUCCGAGAAAACAAAGUCCGUUGAUUUGAAUCAUCCUCCUUUCUCGUUGAUUAGAGAUUUCUUUGUUUCCUGGAAAGUUGCUGAGAUGGAUAAAGCAAAGUUCGAAUUUGCUAAACGUGUCUGCUCUUUCAUGAUUUCCUUUGUCAUUGCCGGUGCUGGUGUAACUACUGGACUACAGAUGUUGAAAGAAAAUCAGAUCGAAGUUGAGGGCAGGACCGAGGAAGUUAAAGAAGCUAAAGCAAGGAACCAGAGGCUGCGUAAGGUCAAGAUCAACGAACAAUGGAUCAAAUUGCAGGAGAAGCUUUUUAAGAAAUGA